AUGGCUUCGAGCGAGUGGAGCCCAUUGUUAGAUGAGAAGCCCAUGCACAUUGAUGGACUGGAGAGCAAUGAAGAAGUGUCAGCAUGCAGGAGAAGAAAAGCGUGCGGGAGGCCGAGCUUUUCCGUGCGGGUGUUACUCCUCUCUUUACUUUGCGGGUCUGCUCUAUAUGGAGCCUACGUUUAUUGUACCCGACAACGCUCUCAGCACCUACCCUCGGACACUUUCGAUCAGACGCCAGUCAAGGAAACUGUAGCCAUCUCGAACUACACAUGCGUUCCAGGACAGUCGUGUUGGCCAUCUUCGAGCGAGUGGAGUACAUUCAACCAAACCAUCAAUGGAAAUCUACGACUGACAGUACCUUGGGCUGCGCCAUGCUAUUCCAACUCAUCGAGCGAAGAAUGCCAGGAGGUUGCGCUCAAUUAUACCAACGCCAUCUCACGUACGCAACAAUAUGGUGCAAUGGAAUUUCUCAACUGGGAGACGUGCGGAGAAUCGCAGUGCUUCCUCAACUCCUACAAACCGUCCUCGCCUGUAUCGGAGACAUGUUCGUUGGGCAGACUCUCUACAUACUAUGUACAAGCGCGAACGGCAGAUGAUAUCAGCAAGACGCUCGAUUUUGUUCGGGAGCACGGUAUCCGCGUUUCGAUCAAGAACACGGGGCAUGAUUACUUCGGUCGGUCAAAUGCAGCGAAUUCGUUGGCGAUCUGGACACACAACAUGAAGGAUACAAAGUAUCACAAGACCUUCCAACCACAAGGAUGCAAGACUCGCUAUGAGAAUAUCGGAGAGGUUGGUGCAGGCAUCCAGGCGCAGGAAGCCUGGAAGUUCUUUGAGCCUCUCGGUAUGCUUGUCACUGUGGGUGCUGUAGGCUCAGUCGGCAUUGCAGGAGGCUUUGGUCAAGGAGGUGGCCACGGACCGCUUGGCCCUGCUUACGGCCUCAUGGUGGACCAAGCUGUUGAAUUCGAGGUUGUUACUGCUGAUGGCGAAAAGCGGACUAUUAACGAGUGCUCAGAUCCAGACCUUUUCUGGGCUAUGCGAGGAGGGGGUGGUGGCAACUACGCCGUCCUGACAUCCUACAAGUUCCAGUUGCAUCCGGCUGUUCCACUCAACGUGCACUGCUUCCAAGCUUACUUUCCACCACCAGAGGGAAAGCUGGAUAUCACCGAGUCCAAAGUACACCGCGACAUCAUUAGGGCACUUGCCGCGAACCAGACCGUCUUCGGCAACCACGGAAUUGCGGGUUACAACUUCUUACAUAAAGACCAUAUGGUAUCUUUGCAGUUCAUGCCAUCCCGCGACACCGCGGCUCUCAAAGCUAUUACUUCGCAGUGGCAUGACUUCCUCGUUGACUACCCAGGCCUUAAUAUCACGGAGAACACUUACCAUACUUUCACCACAUUCUCGAAAUGGCACAAGUUCACUGAGAUGCCUGCGAUAGCUCGCAAUGGUCCCGUUGGGCUUGGUAUCAUGGAGGCGAGUCGCUUCAUCCCCAAAGACCUUUUCACCUCACCGGAAAACAUCGAGCAAGUAGUGGAUGCCGUUGUCAUGGCAAUGCAGUUCUCCUACACCAACCAAGGCGGUGGCAGCGCGCAGAUCUACGCCACCGGGCCGCUCAACCACCCUGACAACAGCAAGACAGGGGUAAAUCCUGCAUUUAGGGAUGCUCUCUGGCAUGUAGUGAUGGGUGCGGCGUGGAUGACCGAUACACUGCCGCAUGUGCGAGCGCAAAUCCAGAACGCCAUCUCGGCUUCAGUGCAGCCAUUCAAGGCACUGACGCCGGGCGGUGGAUGCUACAUGAACGAGGGUGAUUGGAUGGAGGACAACUGGCAGCAAACGUUCUUCGGUGAGAAUUACGAUCGCCUUCUGGAGGUGAAGAGACGGUAUGACCCAACGGACUUGUUCAAUUGCUGGAAGUGCGUGGGAUGGACCGGAUACAAUGAUCCCAUGUACUCUUGCUACACUCAGAGUCGGAGCGAUCCGCAGCCUACAGUACCGCUUGAGCCCGUAGGCUAA